GUUGAAAACGUGCAAACGAGACGGACGUCAUUUUUUCGUGUCGCUUUAUUGUCGCCAACGCGUCGCCGUCGCUCGGAGUCGGAGCCCAAACAUUCGCUUCAAAUUUAAAGAGCUUCAAAAAAAAGAAACAGUAAUAACUAUAUGUGAUUAUAUUUACUUGGUUAAUUGCGAGUGCAAAAGAAAUACAAUACCAAAAGGAAAGUUAAAAAAAAAAAAAAAAAACAAGAAAACGGACGCAGCUUCCUUUCGGCAAACGUUUGUGUGUGUGUGCGUGUGCAUGCGUGUUUAUGUUUGUUUGUUGUUAUUGUGUUUGUAGCUGUUGUUUCGUAUUAGGCAAGCAGCAAAACGUGAUAUGCAAAUAACAACUGUGACAACAACAACGGCAACAACAGAUAAAGCCACGCAGCAGCGAGAUAAAACGAAAAUUGCGCGCCAAAAAGCAGCAGCGAAACAAAAGGAUUUAUAAAACACACACACGGUCAGCAUAUAAAAAAUACCUAUACAAGCGCAAGCAGCUGAGAGAGCAGUCAAUAUAGCAAUAACAACAACAGCAGCAGCAGCCGCAACAAAAUCAAAACAGAAGCGCGCAAAGACGCAGUCUGCGAAAAAUUCCAGUUUCAUCUUGAUUUCACCACUGCACAAAAAGGGCGCCCAGAAGGCGACGACACUUGAAGCAUUUGGCUGUGUGAUACAGCGACGCGUAGGCAUAGUUUGGCCGAGCACUCGAUAGACACCAUGAUGUCCAUGUCCACCUCGCCGCCAGCGACGCCAACGGGCGUCCAAACGGAUGCUGAAGGCCUCAUUUUGCCAAAGAAGCUGAUCAAUCCCUGCAUUGAGAACACCGAUCGGAAGGAGCUGCAUCGCGAGCUCAAGUUCAAUGCACGCAUUGGUAAGAGUGUGCUCAAUCAGAAGAGUGAACUUCAGCGUGCCUAUGAGAAGCAAAAGGAACGGCAUGCAGCGGCCAUCGAGCAGCAUUCACCCGAAGCGGAGCUGGCUGGACUGAAGGGGGAGCUGGGGCGUGUGAUCAUGGAGCGGGCCCAGAAGCAUGGAGCGGCACAGAAACAGGAUGCCGAGGACGAUGAUGAGCGUCAAUAUGUCAAUCCUGAGUAUUUAAAUGUGCGCGCCAAGCUGCGUACGGCGCAUGCGCCCAAUUAAAAAAAAAAAAAAAAUCAACAAGAAAAACAAACAAAAAAAAUUAAAAUAUACGAGAAAAUUCUGUAAUCUUUUGAAGAGCUAAUUUUAGUUGUGAGCCAACCAAAUUUCUGUUUAAUUAACUCAACGUUUUAUGUGUGUGUUAACCAAUCUAAUUAGUAUUAGUCUUUAUACUUUGUUUAUAUCUCGAAGAACUUAAAUUUAGUUUUUUUCAUCGAUAAUGAUAUUAAUUGAUAUUUUGUAAGCCGUAAGAUUAUAAUGUCAAGUGCUUCUUCUGUUCUAUGUUGAAUGACGAUAGUUUAUUAUGAUUACGAUUACGCUUAAGUUAAAAAUAUGAUUUCUGCUUUGUGU